AUGGCACCCAAAGCAAAGAAAGGAAAGAAGGGAGGAAAUGACGACUGGGACGAGGGCCUUGGCGAGGCAGUCACGGCCGACCCAAUAGCUCAGGCUGAGGCAGCUGCGAAGGAGGACAACGAUGAAGAGGAAGGAGGUGGUGGCGGCGGUUUCUUGGCCGCGCUUAAAAAGAACAAAGACAAGAGGAAGAAGAAGGGCAAAGUCGUUCAGGACGACUUCCUCGACGGCGAAGACCCUACUGCUGAUGGCGAAGCGGGCGAAGCGCCCACUGCAGAGACUGUUCUUGCCGCCAAAGCUCCCGAGGAAGCAACGAUGGACGAUGAGUGGGACGAGCCUGCCAAAGGUGGAAAGAAGGGCAAGAACGCCAACCAGCAAGCCGCCAAGAAUGAGGAUGCUGAAGAGGAUGAGGAGCUUGAUGAAGGUGGUGGCAUAAAGACGAAGGCUCAAAAGGAGAAGGAGAAGAAGGAGAAGGAGAAGCAACGAAAGAAAGCGGCUGCCAAGAAGAAGACCGCGGCACCGCCUCCCGCUGCGAAAGAAGAGGCUAAGCCAGUGGAAGCCGCACCGGCUACGGUGCCUGAUGCGGCUGCUGGAAGCAAGAAGGGCAAAAAGCUCAAUCCAGCGCUUCGAGCAUUGCAAGAGCAACAGGAAAGACUCCGUCAGCAACAGGAGGAAGAUGCCCGUACAAGAGCCGAGGAAAGUGCUCGCGCCAAAGCCGAGCAGAAGCGUAUCGAGGAAGAGGAGAAGGCUGCGAGUGAGGCAAAAGCUGCCAAGAAGGCCAGGGAAAAGGCGAAGAUUGAAGAAAUGAAGAAGGCCGGCACAUACAAAACAGAGAAGGAGAGGAAGCAGGAAGCGCAGCAAAAGGCUCGGUUGCAACAGAUGCUUGAGGCGGGAGCUAAAGUGGCUGGGUUUGAAGGCGAAAGCGAGCCCAAGAAGCCAACCACCAAGGACAUGCGAAAGAAGAACCCACGCAAGGAGGCAGAGGAGCGAAAGGCCCAGCAGGCACGCGAAGAGGAAGAGGCUCGGAAGAAGAUGGAGGAACUCAAGCUUCAGGAGGAGCAGGCCAAGAGGGCUGCCGAGGAAGCGGAGAAGGCACGACUUGAUGCUGAAGCCAAGAAGCAGGAAGACGCAGAGGAUGAGCUCGAAGACUGGGAAACUAUGGUUGAGAAGGAAGAGAAUGGAGACGUUGCAGAUAGCUGGGAUGCCGAGUCCGGCGACGAAGGUCAAGUCAAGCCUGCAGUCAACGGCAAGGCUGUGCAAAAAGGAGCGACCGAUGGCAAGCCCGACAUCAAGGAAGAUGAGGAUGACGACUCUGAUUCUGAAGAAGAUGAUUCCGAAGAUGACUCCGAGGACGACUCAGAAGACGAAAGAGAGACUGUUGCGCAGAGAAUGGCCGCCGAGAGGAAGGCCGCGGCGGCCAAGAAGCGUGCUGACGAGCUCGAAGCUUCAAAGGCUGCCGCCUCUAAGGACAACCUGCGAUCGCCCAUUGGAUGUAUUCUUGGCCACGUCGAUACCGGAAAGACGAAAUUGCUUGACAAGAUCCGUCAGACCAACGUUCAGGAAGGCGAAGCCGGUGGUAUCACCCAGCAGAUCGGUGCCACCUACUUCCCGGUGGAGGCACUUCAGAAGAAGAUUGCCGUCGUUAACCAGGAUGGUGCUUUCGACUUUAAGGUUCCAGGUCUUCUCAUGAUCGAUACGCCAGGUCACGAGUCUUUCACCAACUUGCGAUCUCGUGGUAGCUCCCUAUGCAACAUUGCCGUGCUUGUCGUUGACAUUAUGCAUGGUCUCGAGCCACAAACCUUGGAGUCGAUGAAGUUGCUGCGCGACCGCAAGACGCCUUUCAUCGUCGCCUUGAACAAGAUCGAUCGUCUGUACGGCUGGAAGCCAAUCAGCAAUAACGGUUUCCGCGACUCGCUCAACUUGCAGAAGUCGAGCGUACAGUCAGAGUUUGCCGACAGAUUGGAGAAGACCAAGCUUGCUUUCGCUGAGCAAGGCUUUAACGCCGAGCUCUUCUACGAGAACAAGUCGAUGGCUAAGUUUGUGUCACUGGUCCCAACCUCAGCCCACACCGGAGAAGGUAUUCCGGACAUGAUCAAGCUGCUCAUCUCCUUGAGCCAAGAUCGCAUGACCAAGUCGCUGAUGUACUUGUCCGAGGUAGAAUGUACUGUUCUUGAGGUCAAGGUCAUCGAAGGUCUCGGAACCACGAUCGAUGUUGUCCUUUCGAACGGUAUUCUGAACGAGGGCGACACAAUUGUGCUCUGUGGUACAGACGGUGCUAUCACUACACAAGUGAGAGCUCUGCUGACGCCAGCUGAGAUGAAGGAGCUUCGUGUCAAGUCGCAAUAUGUCCACAACAAGACUGUUAAGGCUGCACUUGGCGUCAAGAUCGCCGCCAACGGUCUCGACAAUGCCAUUGCCGGUUCUCGUCUACUCGUUGCCAGGGAUCCUGACGACGAAGACUACAUCGAGGAGUUGGAGGACGAUGUCAUGAGCGAUCUUGACAACUUGACUAGGAACAUCAGCAAGACUGGCCGUGGUGUGCACGUCCAAGCGUCUACUCUUGGUUCCCUGGAAGCACUGCUGGAGUUCUUGCGCGUGUCGAAGAUUCCAGUCGCCAACAUCGCACUUGGUCCAGUGCACAAGCGCGAUGUAAUCACUGCCUCCACUAUGUUGGAGAAGGCAAAGGAGUAUGCUGUCAUGCUGUGUUUCGAUGUCAAGAUUGACAAAGAUGCCACUGAGAUGGCCGAAAAGUUCGGCGUGAAGGUCUUCACCGCUGAGAUCAUCUACCACUUGUUCGACAAGUUCACGGCUCAUAUGGCAGAGCUCACUGCAGCUAAGAAGGAGGAGAGUAAGAUGCUGGCAGUAUUCCCUGCUGUCUGCAGACCAGUCGCCGUCUUCAAUAAGACCGACCCGAUCGUCGUUGGCCUGGACGUGAUUGACGGCAACCUCCGGCUCCACACUCCCAUUGCAGCCGUCAAGCACAACGCGGUCACCGGAGUCAAGGACAUUGUGGUGUUGGGCCGUGUCACAUCCAUCGAGCGCGACCACAAGGCCGUGGCGGGCGGCAUCGCUAAGAAGGGCACACCUAGUGUCGCCGUCAAGAUCGAAGGUCCCAACCAGCCAACCUAUGGCCGACAGCUUGAGGAGAAGGAUAUGCUCUUCUCACACAUCUCUCGCAAGUCCAUCGAUACGCUCAAGGAGUUCUACAAGGACGAGGUGGAUAAGGAUGAGUGGCGACUUAUCGCUAAGCAGCUCAAGCCGCUGUUCGAUAUUGCAUAA